AGAGCUCAGGCGAGGUUUCCUGCCACACCUCGGGAUGAGGGUGUGUCACCAUGGAGAUGAGGUCGUUGCUAUUGGCUGGCGCCUCCAGCUGGGGCUAUAAAGCAGGGCCCAGAGACCAGUGCACUAACAGUGUUGACCAGACUCUGACGGUGUCGCCCGCGGAGCGGAAAGGGCUGGAUUUCGGCGCGGCCGUCGGUGACACCAUGGAGAACGAGUUCACGUACGAAGAUUACCAGAGGACUGCUGAGUGGCUUCUGUCCCAAACGACACAUAAACCUGAAGUGGCAGUGAUCUGUGGUUCUGGGUUAGGAGGUCUGACUGCUAAACUAACUAAGGCUCAGAUCUUUGACUACAGUGACAUACCCAACUUUCCCCAAAGCACAGUGCAAGGUCAUGCUGGCCGCCUGGUGUUUGGACUCCUGAAUGAGCGACCCUGUGUAAUGAUGCAGGGCAGGUUCCACAUGUAUGAGGGGUACUCCCUGUCAAAGGUAACAUUCCCGGUGAGGGUUUUCCAUCUUAUGGGUGUGAAGACUCUGGUGGUCACCAAUGCAGCAGGGGGGCUCAACUCUAAAUUUGAGGUUGGAGAUAUCAUGCUCAUCCGUGACCAUAUCAACCUGCCUGGUUUCAGUGGUCAAAACCCUCUCCGAGGCCCCAACGACGAAAGGUUUGGCGUUCGUUUCCCUGCCAUGUCUGAUGCUUAUGACCGGACUAUGAGGCAGAAGGCUUUCAUGGCGUGGAAGCAGAUGGGGGAGCAGCGAGAACUACAAGAAGGCACCUAUGUGAUGCUGGCAGGUCCCAACUUUGAGACUGUGGCAGAGAGCUGCCUGCUGCAUAAGCUGGGAGCAGAUGCUGUUGGCAUGAGCACGGUCCCAGAAGUUAUCGUAGCACGACAUUGCGGGCUUCGUGUCCUUGGUUUCUCGCUCAUUACUAACAAGGUUGUCAUGGAUUACGAGAACCGGGAGAAGGCCGAUCACAAGGAAGUCCUAGAGGCCGGGAAAGCAGCUGCGCAGAAGCUGGAACAGUUCGUCUCCCUACUGAUGGAGAGCAUUCAGCUCCCUGAGCAGGCCAGCUGACUGGCCCUGGGGAGCUCUGGUGCUUCCCUUCUGGGUUCCAAGUAGCUGUCUUCUUUGCUGUAAGGAAAGAGGAGGAUUCCCGCCCUCCACCUUCCCCACGUUCCUCCACCGUCCUGAUGCCUGGCCCUCUAGCUCAGCUGCCUUCUCAAAAACAGUCUAACUUUCAUUGCUCUAAAGAGCUGGAGCCCUCUCCCCACCACACUUGCGAUCUACGCCUUCAGACAGUACCUUUAGGUCUGGGAGAUGAUGCACACGUUCCUCUGGACUCAGUCUGGGUCCCCUAAAGCACUAGAGACCAAAGACCAACCCAAUACCUCUUGGAUGUUAUUUAGCACCAUAACAUUUUGAGAAUAAAGAGAGCAAAUACUUCCCUUUGGUGUGUGAUUUGGU